GCAAACAAUACAAAUUAUUGGUUCAUUUUAAGAGUGUCUGCACGCAGUAAAUAGCCAGUUUAAUUAUUAUUACAAAUACUAAUUGCAUCUAUCAUUGGUAUUUCAGAUUAGGACGGACUAAGUAUAUAUCUUUUACAGAGAUUGUCUUUCAAGUAGGGAGCAGAUCUUGAUCCGAGGCGACACAAUGCACGACAGUGAAAUGGACGAAACAGAAGAGGAAGGCCAAAAGUAUACUGAAGAAUUUAUUCGACAUACAAUCGAACGAGAAACGCAAAGUAUUGAGGCUCUUAAAAGGGACACAACACAGCUUUCAGAGAGGAUACGAAGUCAGGAAGAAGAAAUACGAACAGCUAGAGAACAGGAAACGAAGCUGAAAGAAAAAAUAGAGAAACUGGAGAAGGAAUGUACCGAACUAAAGAACAGUUCAGAUGAUGCUCUAGCAACAAAGGAGAGAGAAUUAAAAGAAACAAAACAAGAGUUAAAAGAAAAGAUGACAUACAAGGAAAGAGUUUUAAUGGAAUACAAAGAACAAUACAGAAUAAAAGAUGAGGCGUUAAGGAGAUUCAAAGAAAAGUCAAGUCAGAUGAACACAGAGCUGAUGGAUUAAGACUACAAGUGCAGAGAUAUCAAAGGUUAAAAAUGAGACUUUCAGAAAAGGAAGAGGAACUUAAAAG